AAGACAAACAGAACAUUAUUGAUCGAGGUGAUACAGUACUGUGGUGUCAGCAGCAAGCUUUUUUUGAAACAAUGGAAGAAAUCUUCACACUUAAAGAAAAGUUAUCUUCUGUAAGUAUCAAGUAUAUGAAAAUUGAUGAUAGGACUUUAAAGCGAUAUUUGAAGGCUUUUCGCUCAGUGGAUGCUGCAUAUGAAGGAAUCUUGGUAACCAAUGCUUGGAGACGAGAUUUUGGUGUGGCAAAUAUCACCAGAGAUACACCAGGGGUGAAGAGAGUCAUGGAAACGAAAGUAUGUGAAAUUUUAAAUCAUCGAGACAAAAAUCAACGACCUGUUGCAUAUGUAGCAGUUGAGAAUCAUAACAUGCAAAGGAGAAAUGUCGAUGACAUGAUUCUGUAUAUAGUGUACAUGUUGGAGACAGCGUCCAGCAAAUGUCUUGAAGAUGGACCAGAUAACGUCUGCAUAUUAUUCGACAUGAAGAAUUUUAGCAUGAUGUGUAUGGAUUAUACUGUUUUGAAGAGUCUUUACACAAUAAUGACAACUCAUUAUCCUGAACGACUUGGAGUAUGUUUAGUCUUAAAUGCUCCUUUAAUUUUCUCUGCAUGUUGGAUUAUUAUUCGAUCAUGGUUGGAUGAUAACACAGCAGGAAAAAUCCAGUUUAUAAAAUCUAGAGACGACCUGUGCUUCUACUUAGAUCCAGCGUUGUUGCCAAUAAAUUUUUAAGUUUUUGUUAUUGUAUAUGUAUAUACAUGUGUGUGUGUAUAUAACUCACCUGUUAAGAAUGGGUUUGUUGUGUGUGUAUGUACGUAGGUAAGAACAUAAGAAAGGAGCAACAGGCCUACUGGCCUAUGCGAGGCAGGUCCAGUAUAUAAUUUGUAACCACAAACUACUACUAGCGACUAGCCGAGAUAUAUAUAUAUAUAUAUA